UCAAUAAACUUGUUGAAGGGCAGGUUUCAGGGUCCGGUACGUUUUUAUUUAGACGUACCAAGGUGCCAGAUAUGGCCCCCACAAUGCUUUCUUUAUUGCCUAUCGGACAGAAUUUAUAGAUUUAUACGUAGGUAAUGCUGAGCCGCGUCUUAGCUUGUGGCAAAUCCUUUACACCUGUCUGACACUCGGAUUGUGGACGGGCACUCUCCUCUGAUUCCUUACCAUUAACGUGCGGCCAAGCAGCUGUUGACUCGUCAUGGCUGCCAUGACACGCUUUCAAUGGCUUGCGAGCGUUCUUCUAGCCGCCAUGCGUGUUGGAAGUGCAUUUCUUAUAAAAGAUCAACCUCGCAUAGGAGGUUCGGCGCUUGAUAUCCUUACUCCGUCGGUAGGGAUGCCGCAAGUCGACCAAGAGGAGUGGGCAACCUUCUUAACAGAAAACCUAGACAGGGACAUCUCGCCAUGGCAGGCCAGAGCACCCUUGAGCCCUGCAGACAUUCUGUCCCAGCACCAAACCCUCCUCAACGGCACCGGCAGGCCAGACGUCUUCCUUUUAGUCCUUAUAUACAACAACAGGAUUUAUUACCCCAACCGCACGGACGUCGAUAACACAGAGCCGCCAGCAUCAAUCAGUCCACAUGCGGCCGCCUUCCACCGCAAGGUGACCAGCCUGCUCGCCUCCGGCCGCCGACAGCUGCCUAACGCGCUGUUCGUUUACUCUUUUGAGGAUAACCAACCACGUUUUUGCUCUCCAAGCAGCCAGUACUGCCGUCGAGUGCCAUUGAUCAGCCAGGUCAAGACGCUGGGAGAGCCGGACGGUGAUGACCUGGACAUCCUGGUCCCGCAGUGGUUGUACACCCCCUCGCAGCUCUACAUGCACCCCUGGCACCUCAAGAAGGACCUGGCGUUCUUCCGUGGAGAGCCCUUUUGCAGCAGCUACUGGUGGGAUCGCUACCGCUGCCAUGACGCCUGUCCGCGCACCGCGCUAGCGCAGCUGGCAGCGCGGGACAUGGCCGCCGGCAACGCCAGCGUGUUGGAUGUGGGGCUGUUGAGGGGCGUGGAGCGGGAGAGGGGCGCGGACGGGCAGCCGUUGACGAGGUUCAGGUGUCUCAAGCAGGACCUGCCGGCGCUGCAGUGGGUGUCGCUGCCCGAGCACAGCCGCUACCGCUGGCUGCUACACCUUGAGGGACUCACGGCCAGCUCGCGACUGUCGCAGCUUAUGCUGGUCAACUCGGUGGUGGUCUUGCAGCGGCAGCCCUUCGUGGAGUACUUUUACCGGUCCCUCAAACCGCAUGUGCACUACGUGCCCUUCUGGAACGCCACAGACGAGUGGUUCAUGGCUGACAUCUAUGACGUCAUCGGGGAGCUGCGGCGCUGGGACGCGAGCGACCCACGGGCCAUCCAACGCAUCAUUCGGGAGGCACAGAACUUCGCACUCAAGUUCACCCUGCCCGCAGCUCGGCUGCAAUACUUGCGGGACGCGCUCACAGCUUACCGGGAGCUGUUCCCCAGCAUGGAUUCCUUUCUCGAGGAGUACGUGGCUGGGCUGCGGCAGCGGGGGUUCAGGAUUGAUGAGGAGAAGGAGGUCCUCAGGGCAGCAACAGCAGCAGCCGUAGCGGCUAGCGGAACGGUCGUUCGUUCAUCUGGGGGAGGUGGAGGAGCACGCAGAGCUGGGCAUAGACGCAGGAUAGUAGUGACAGCAGCAGCAGGCAAGCGACGGUAGGAAACUGCAUGCACGUACCAGCAGGAUGGACAUGAACCCUGCCUGCUGUGUCACGGUGGGGGAACGGAGCGUCCGAGCAUUUUUAGGUACCGGUAUUGUUGACUGGGAGAGAAAGCAGAAGUAAAACAUAAAGGUUAAGUAGCCAUGUUAAGCAUAGGUAUUUCCGGCGGUCUUUAAAACCUGCAAUGGUGUGAAGGGGUUAAUGUCUUCCAUUAUUCAUGCAAUGCCUUUAUGUAUAUUUGCAAUUUAUGUCGGCAUGUAUGCAGGUUAGGAUCCCAUUGCUGCUAUAUCAGGCAACAUUUCUGUGCUGAAGUCGCUGAUAUCGCACAUCCGUACGGAAGGCGGGAAAGGUCGUUUAAUCCUGGUUUGUUGGCAUGCAUGUGUUUGAAAGAGGAUGCUGAUCCAGGCUUUGUCUUCUUCUGCUGUCGGUUUUGCAAGUGUUGGUGUUGCCAUGUCCGGCGCACAUUAACUUUGAUGAGAACACGUAAAUGCUGUUUUGUUUGACUGUGAGUUGUCUGCAUGGGGACUGCAUGCAUCCUCUGGUCGUCUGCAGAUCUUUUUGCGGAUUGUUCCUGCUGAACUGAACAGGUGAUGAAAUGCUGGAUUAACUAGCGUGUGUGGCAUGCGUGAGCGUUAUACAUGCGGUGUUGUUGGUGCUGCUUGUUGGUACGGCGUUGAGAAAUUGUUGAUGAGGAAGGUCCUGAUCCCAGACGUUUUGGUGGGGUUUCUUAUAAGCAAGUGGCGGCCGACCGGCCGUGUUUGGUUGUUGGUGGUGUUUGGUUCUACAGAGCAAUGAAUGAAUGAUCGUCACAAUGGUUCCCUAAUAAAUGGUUACACGGCCAAUGGUUACACGGCCAAUUGGUUCUACAGAGCAAUGAAUGAAUGAUCGUCACAAUGGUUCCCCAAUAAAUGGGAACACGGCCAAUUGUCAAGUCUCGUUCCCAUGCCUUCAGGCCGGGUUUCGUGUGCCGACCUGGCCACCUGCCUCUCCACGUG